AACCAUAAUAAACUCCAGACGAUUUUCCGCGUUAAUCUCAUUUCCGGAAAUGUUUGGUGUUCCGUUAUUCACAAGCAAAUCUACCCUCUGACACAUCCACAUCUCCCGAUUUCUCAUCAGUAAUCUGCCAUCUGCACCGUCAGCAACAACCAAAAGCCGGACUGCCAACCAGCGCACCCAGCACUCUUAAAGCAGCCCCAUGACGUACUAAAGGACCCAUAACCUUAAUUCCGCCAUUCCCUAACUUCCCUGAUCAGAUAAACAUUGAAACCUCAAACCACAUUUUUCCGAGUUCGCGUGUCACUGCGACUUUUUCUUCCUGCGAGGCAUCAUGGCCGACAACCAUCUUCAGGUCCCCGAAUCUUCUCAAGGAGCAUGGAAUGGGCGAGCGAGAUCAGGGUCCGUGAGAUCGCAGCUUUCUCAGAGAUCACAGCGAUCUCAGGCCUCCCAGGAGAGAAAUGGGGGCUUUCCGUGGUCGUCCGAGACGGCCGAUUAUACACGACGACCGAGUAUUCGUAUACGAAGGACCUCAGUGUCGAGCCAGCUUGCAGAGACACCGCAGAAUGAUCAACCACAGACGCUGGAAGGUCGCAGUGGGAGCGUGAGGAGGAAUCGAAGUGCCUCGGAGCCGCAGCGUGGACAGGCUUUGCCGCCCGUGAACACGAGGCUGAAUGCUCAGCAACCGUACAUGCCGCGCAUGUCCGAGGAGAUCACUUCUCCUGAAGCUGCCGCCGUUCGAAAUGAUAUAUUGCCUAUUCCUGAUACUGUUCCUGAGGAUUCGCAGCCGCCUGCGAACAGACCGAGUGUACCGAGUACUGGGCGGAUGAGCAAUUGGCGGCCGUUGAGGAGGGCGAGGACGAAUAUUGCUUCGAGUCAUCCACCGCCAGAUGCGAGGCAGGAUGAGUAUGAUGCAAAUCUUGUCGAUUUGCUGGAUUUAGUUGAUCCCGAAGUCGCCACCCUAUCAACGCUCACCAAUGUCCAGAAUUCGCUUUUUGUCCCUGAUCUUGGGAGGCUUCUUAAUCGAAGACCUACUUAUAAUUUAACUCGUCCUCCGUCAGAUAUCGAGGAAGGGUCGUCGUCGAGUAGUGAUUAUGGGGGUGAGACGUCGAAAACUACUACCCGGAUACGGCCUGAACGGACAAUGACGGGAGCAACACUCAAUACUAUUACUUCGAAUGUGAAUGACCGAUACUAUGCCGUCUUACCCCAUGGUGUCUCAUUGGCUGGUUGGAAUGAGGAAGAGAAAUUGGAGCUCAAUGAUCAUGUUAGACACAUGCUUCAUUCGAAGCGAUCAAAGUUUAAACGCAGUAUGAGAGGAUUUCGGCAGUAUAUCAAAAAACCCCUCGGAUUCUUCGUCACCCUCUACGCAACCCUAAUAACCCUCUUCGGCCUAAUUUGGGUUCUCUUCCUAAUCGGCUGGAUCUCCCUCGGCAGCCGCAAAGACUACAUCGUCAACGUAAUCGACAACGUCCUCGUCGCCCUCUUCGCCAUCAUGGGCGACGGCCUCGCCCCCUUCCGCGCCGUCGACACCUACCACAUGUGCUUCAUCGCGCACUACCACCACCUAACCUGGCGCCUCCGCCGCGAAAAGACCCUCCCGAAACUAAACAACAAGAACGACCUGCCCGCCGUGCCGCCCGAGGAGGCCGACGACGAGCAGUACUCGGUGCUCAGCGAGAAGCAGCAGAAGAGGCUCGCGCAUCAUCAGAAGAAGUUUGCGCGCAGUCAUAGUUUCUACAAACCACACGAGACGUACACGCAUUUUGCGUUUCCUCUAAGGUUGCUGGUUGCGAUUGUGGUCUUGCUUGAUUGUCAUAGUUUGCUGCAGAUCGCGCUCGGGACGUGCACGUGGGCCAUUUCGUAUCAUAGAAGGCCGUUUGCGUUGACGACUGUUAUUCUGUGUUGUUCGAUUACGGUUAAUAUUACGGCGGGGAUUCUGAUCACGGUGGGGGAUCAUAAGACGAGGAAGAAUGAUGUUAGGGAGAAGAUGUUUAGGCAGGAGUUGACGGCGGAGGCGUUGAAGAAGGUGGAGAAGAAGAGGAGGAGGGUGAGGAGGGAACAGGAGGAGAUGAAGGAGAUGGGGAUUGAGGAGGCGCCGAGGAGGGAGGGUGGGUUUGAAUCUAUUGUUGGGGAUGAUAGUAGUGGGGUUGUGAGGUAA